AUGCUCACCCGUCUCCGCCCUAUGAGGAGCACGCUCGCGCGCGUCCCGCUGCGUGCCGGUGCCGCCAGCCUCGGAAUGUCUAACCCGACUACGGCUACCACGGCCCGGAUCGUCCAGCGCCGCUUCGCCAGCAACUCCGGCUACAACGGCCCUUCGAACCAGAGCGAGGUCACCCCCGACACCAAAAAGCGCAACGCUAUCAUCGCGACCAUCCUCCUCGCUGCGGCCGGCGGUGUGUGGUACUGGGAGACGAAGACGCUGUUCGAGCCGGCCGAGCCCGACCUUCAGGUCUCGUACGGCUCCGGUAGCCGGCGCCAGACUGUGUCGUUCAAGCGCAAGAGUGUUGCUGAGGCCAAUGCCAUGCUUAAGGAGCACGAGGAGACGCGUGAUAUUGAGCGCCCUGGCAACCCUGUCGCCCGUCUCGACACCAACUACAUUGCUUCCAACGAACCUAUCGAAGACCGCUCCGCCGCCGAUGUCAUUCCCCGCGGCCAGCCCAAAGGCAGCUGGUGGGGUAGCGCAGCCCCUGCCGACGCCGCCAACAAGCCCGGCAAGCGUGACCUCGUCUUCGUGUCUGUCAUCGACGGCCACGCCGGUGACGCCACGUCCCAGCUCCUGAGCAAGACGCUUCACCCUACCCUCACCAUCGCCCUCGCUGGUCUUCAAUCUGGCAUCAUCCGCGGCCACUCGUUCUGGCACAAGGCUUACGAUUGGAUGACCUUCAGCAAGGCGUGGACCCCUCCCCACGUCGCCGACGCCCUCAAGCACGCCUUUGUCACCCUCGACGACAACAUCUGCUAUGGCGCGUCGCGCAUGCUUCCCAACCUCAACCGCGACGACCCCGCGCAGAUGGCCAAGUUCCUCGUUCUCGCCGAGCCAGCUGCCUCGGGUGCCGUCGUCGGCACCGCUGUCGUUGAUUCCGAGAACGUCGACCUCUACGUCGCUGUCACUGGUGACUGCCGUGCCGUCGCUGGCUGGCAGGCGCCCGAUGGAUCGUGGCGUGCCGACACUCUCUCCGAGGACCAGAUGGGUGACAACCCCAAGGAAGUCGCUCGGUAA